AAAGACUUUUGUUGUGUAGUUCAUCGCAUAAGUUACAACACGAGAAAAUUUUCAAGCUACACGCAACAGAGCUUCUAGAUCAAAUGCAACAAUAAUGGAAAAUACUGAUGAAAACAUUGAAAACCUUCGUCGAAAUCUGACAGAAUCCAACGCCGAUUUCGUUCGUCUUUCCAAUUAUGUUGCUCGCGUCAUCAAUGACAAUCAAAAAGCGACCAGAAUGUCGGCUAACAAAAUUGAACGUCUGGAGGCGAGCCAAAAAAUUCUGGAAAGUCAACUUGAGUUGGCUGUCAGCGAGAAGUUUGAAAGCGAAGGAAAAUUGUUGCAGGUUCAGGUUAAACGUGACAAUUUUGAACGUGAACUGAACGAAUUGAAACAGAGACACGAAAAACAACAAACAAAACUGAAGCUCCUGCGACAGGAGAUCGAGUCGACGAGUGAACAGAAAAAAGAAAUUUUUGCCAAAUUUAAGCUGGUGCAAAGACAGGAAAGGAUGCACGAUGAUGUCGUUGAAGAGUUGAAGAAACAAUUGGAAGAAAAAAUGAGCGGAUUUUCUAUUGAAGAUACUUCCGGGAACAACACUUUACUCCUUGAACCAACGAAUGCAGAGGCAGAGCCAGCCAAUAUGUCUGUUGAUAUGGUUGUAAAUAAGCAGAGUGUGCCAAUCACAGAUAAUCAAGUUGCUGGUUCAACAAGUAUUACUGUAGUAGGACAGGUGAAUAAUGACGAGCCAAACUGGGCAGAUUCCGUUUCGGCAGAGUCUCAUUCAAUGAAAAGCUUAUCGGAUUACAACCGUUGUCCAACAGUGGAAUCCGUUUUGCAAGGUACGCCAGGCAGACCACAGGUUGUCUUAACUCGUUUAACAAUGCGGAAGACAUCAGGAACCAUAAUCAAAUGUUCAACAUCAACGUCAAUCACAUCACGUCUGGCCAGAAGAAAGGCGAUUGAAUUUUGUAAGCUUGCGGAAAUAAAACAACCAUCAACGGCGCUCACUGAACGAUUAACUUGUCAAGCGGCUGUGGAAGGACGACCCAAAAGAAUAUUAAGAUGCACUUUGUGCUCGAUGCGGUUCGUGAGCACACCGUUGCAGCCAUUGUGUGGCUGUCAAAUUAGAAACGAUUUGUAAGAGCAAAUCAUGUUUUCUAUUCACGA